AUGGGGGCGGUGGCCGGACGGCAGCCGGCAGCUGCUCCCCACCGCCGGCCUGAGCGGCCGGGCCUCACCCAGCGAUUUCCGGUCUCCCGGGCGCGUCUGGUCGCACCUGCUGGACAAAGGGUGCGGCGCCCCGGGGCUGGCCAUUCGCGCUGGGAGACGGGGCGCCUCACCGCUCUCCCGGCAGGCGCUGGCCAGGACGUGGGCCGCAGCUGCAUCCUGGUGUCCAUCGGGGGCAAGAACGUCAUGCUGGACUGCGGCAUGCACAUGGGCUUCAAUGACGACAGACGCUUCCCCGACUUCUCCUACAUCACCCGCAGCGGCCGGCUGACGGACUUCCUGGACUGUGUGAUCAUCAGCCACUUCCACCUGGACCACUGCGGGGCGCUCCCCUACUUCAGCGAGAUGGUGGGCUACGACGGGCCCAUCUACAUGACCCACCCCACGCAGGCCAUCUGCCCCAUCCUGCUGGAGGACUACCGCAAGAUCGCGGUGGACAAGAAGGGCGAGGCCAACUUCUUCACUUCCCAGAUGAUCAAGGACUGCAUGAAGAAGGUGGUGGCCGUCCACCUCCACCAGACCGUCCAGGUCAGGGCUCCUGGGGCUCCGGAGCCAGCAGGGACCACACAGGCCAGCUGGGCUCAGCACUGGCCAGGCCACGUGGGCUGCAGGCCUCCGCGUGCCCCAGGGAGGCCUGAGCUCGGCGGCGGGAGCAGGGCGGCCAGCCGUGAGCGGACACCUGGCACCUGCUGCCCAGAACAGCCUGUAGCUCCUGGGAGGAGGCCAGGCGCGGGUGUCCAGGGCAGGGCAGAGCCCAGCGGGCAGUGGUGACGGGCUUCUCCCGCUGGCUGCAGGCCACAGCCCGCCUCUGCUCUCACGGGUGUUGGCUGUGGGGGCCGCCGUCGGUCAACCUCGGAGCCUGCCCUUCCCGCGCCUCGUGGGGGCUGUCCGGGCCGUCCCCCCGUGCCUGGCGGGGCGGCCUCGGCCUUGCCAGGUGCUGCCCGCCCUGGCUCCCAUUCCUCCCCAGCUGUGCCCCGUUGGCCGCCCACUGGCCAGGGCGCGCGUGCUCCGUCUUCCGCUUUGGGUCUGGGCGUGGGGCCUCUGCAGCUGAGGCCCGUGGCACAUCGGCCGGCCCCGCCCGCUGGACGCCCCGCCCGGGACCUCCGCAGGACCUGUGCUGAACCUCCCUCGGCCUCGGGCCAGCCUCCGGGCGUUGCAGUGUCUGGCUUCAAGUUCCAGCCGGCCCAUGUCCCGCUGUCGGGCGGUGGGCAGCG